UCAUUGAGCAAGAAGGGUUUCUCUUCCCAGUCCGGCGACGAUGAUGCUGGUUCUCAUCUUCCAACAGUGCCUGAAAAUCCUCACCCUGCCCAUCUACGUGCUUGCCUAUUUUGGCUUGUGGGAUCCUAUUUGUAAAAAAACUUUCCCACUUUUCAUGAGCAAGAUGAGCAAAACCUACAAUGAAAAAAUGCGCAAGGAAAAGGAGACGCUGUUCAAGAACCUGCAGGACUUCGCGGACUCCUCGGGAAAGCUCCGCCUGCUCGAGAUUGGCGUGGGCAGCGGCACCAACUUUCAGUUUUAUCCCCCCGACUCUCGCGUCACCUGCGUGGACUACAAUCCCAACUUUCAAAAGUUCCUCCUGGAGAGCAUGGCCCAGAACACGCACCUCCAGUUCGAGAAUUUUGUGGUCGCCUCCGCCGAGGACAUGUCUUCGGUGCCGGACAACUCUGUGGACGCGGUGGUUUGCACGCUGCUGUUUUGCUCUGUGAACAACCCGCAGGCUGCCUUGAAGGAGGUUCUGCGAGUGCUCAGACCGGGUGGUGCAUUCUAUUUCAUGGAACAUGUAGCAGCUGACAGAUCAACCUGGACCUACUUCUGGCAACAAGUCUGUGACCCUACUUGGAGAUAUCUGGGAGAUGGGUGCUCGGUGUUAAGAGAGACCUGGAAAGAUUUGGAGAACGCGGGUUUUUCUAAACUGAACUUGCAACACAUCAUAGGCCCGUUGUUCCUAAGUAUAGUUUGUCCCCAUAUUUAUGGAUACGCUGUGAAGUAACUUAAAAGAAAGCAUCUUUCUCUUAACGUCAGAUUUCUGACUUUAAGGAAUUAACAGUGACAAUGCAUACGCUGCAAUAAGAAAAGUGUUUCCUUAUUCUAUACAAUUGAGUGGAGGAGAAAGGCUCCUAAAAGUUCAGGCUGCACUAAACCUAAAUGGUACCUUGGAUCAGGUUUGGAAGGAGGACAAAUAAAUGUUAAAAUUAAUAUAAAAUAAUAUUAAUAUAAAAUAAUUAAUAUAAAUAUAUAAAAGAAAAACAAUCCUACUAUCAAAAGACCAUGUGGGGGGUGAAAAAAGCACCCCGCCAUUUUGCUGUGGUAUCACUCAGCCCACCAUGUCAGCUUCCCAGGAAGGAAAGCUAGAGGAAGCCUGUUUUUGAGUAUGACUCGCAACCUGUGUGGAGUUCUCUAAGAACAAGCUGGUAAUGGACAAAGCUCUAACUCUUAAGCACAAGCGGAGCAGGGAAUUUUGCUUAAAUAAUACUAUAGGCAGAAGCCUUUGUUGGCCUUUGUGAGAGGCCUACCCAGAAAGAUUUUUCUCAGCUAUUUACCCCCUGUAGUUGUAGAGCAAGUCAAACUCUGCAUAUAUUGGCAUGGGAUAAUGUAUCAAAGCUUGCUAACUGCUGAAUUGUGUAUUUCCUUAUUUUACUUACCAUACUUUUCAUUUUCAAUUAAAAAAAGGGGCUUGGAUUUUUGGUGGGGUGUUUUUGUUUGUUUUUUGUUCUCUGGUGAACCUUGUCUCGUGACUUUUUCUGAAUAUGAUAAAUGCAAAUAUCAGGUGGUCUGGUUCUGAGGUAUAUUGUGGGUUGUGUAACUGACCUAUGGAAUAAUCACUUUUAAAUGGGGACUGAGGAGAGACGUGUUGUUAAACCUUAAGCUGAUACUACCACGUUUAUAGAAACAUUUUGGGAAAACAAUUUGGCACGUUUAUUUAGUGCCACCCCUUCCUAUUUCUAUUAUUUACAAAAGGUCCCAGGUUUGUGGCCAACUAAUGGAUAGUGGUGCACCACAUCUCUGGGAGAUUCCAGAUUUCCAAAACCAUAGCUUUAUAUGCUCUCAGCCUAGUGCUUUUUUCAUUUUUAAAAUGUAUUAUAGUAAAAGACUUAUAUAGAACAAAGUGAAGUGUUUAGAAGUAAAAAAGGAAGGAUGGACAUAAAACACGAUGUUUAAAAAAUGUACAGAAUAUUACAGGAAAAAUGGGACUUGCAAUCCAGAUCUGAAGUUCCAAUAGGGCCUCUGUGGCUCAGACUGGUAAGACAGUCUGUUAUUAACACAGCUGCCUGCAAUUACUGCAGGUUCUAGUCCCACCAGGCCCAAGGUUGACUCAGCCUUCCAUCCUUUAUAAGGUAGGUAAAAUGAGGACCCAGAUUGUUGGGGCCAAUAAGUUGACUUUGUAUAUAAAUAUACAAAUAGGAUGAAGACUAUUGCUAACAUAGCGUAAGCCGCCCUGAGUCUUCGGAGAAGGGCGGGAUAUAAAUGCAAAAAAAAAAAAAGAUGGCCACACACUGCAGUCACAUGACCACAAUCAGGCGCUUGACAACACAGCUGCAUUUACUCCUUGUUCUUGGGUGUCCCAUCUUCUAGGAUUAAACCUUUCUGGCAGAUCAAACAAUAAGCCUUUUGAACUCUUAGCCAUGCUAGUUAUGUGAGAUAUUAUAAUACUAUUAGUCCUACCACUAGAAAGCUGAACUAUUAUUUUAAUUCAGGAGCACUAUCCAGGUAAUCCUUGAUUUAUGAGUGGUUACUUAGCAAUUACCAUGGAUCCACCUGCGGGCUACUUAUGACCCGUGGUGGGAUUCAGCCAAUUCGCACCACUUCGGGAGAACCGGUUGUUAACUUUCUGAGCAGUUUGGCGAACUGGUUGUUGGAAGAAAUCGUUAGGGCAGAGAACCGGUUGUUAAAUUACUUGAAUCCCACCACUGUUUAUGACCUACUGUAGAUUAGAAGUUAUGACAGUCCCAUUGCAUCCGUGGUCAAAAGACCGAACUUUGGUUGCUCGGCUCAGCAACCAGACCAAAUCUCUGGCUGUGGGUAGUUCCCUGAGUCAUGUGACCUCAUUUUACAACAGUUUUAACAAAAGCCAGCAUUUACUUCAGGUUUUCAGAUGAAGUAUUAAU